UGGAAAAACACCAAAUGAAGCAGAGGACGCCACGGUAAAGAGAAAAAGAGAAGGGCAAGGAAGCAAAUAUGGCUUCUGAUUCACUUCGUAUGCUCCUUCUCUUGCUCUUCAUCGUCAUCUUAGGCUCAGGGCCUUCCCUUUACGCCCUAGCUCAAGAAACCAGGAAUGAUGAAGGAGAAGGGAUUAGACAAAGAGUUCUGCUGAGUUUCAAAGAAACUCCUCGUGGAACUAACGCUACAUAUGAAUGCUCUCCUUCUGGUCCAUGCGUUCCCUGCAUAUACUCCGAAAAGAAUGAUGAAAAGUACCGCUGCAGUGAGACUGGGUAUCGUAUCCCUCUGAAAUGCAUAGAAAUCAAAAAUGGUUUGAAAGGUGGCCAUGAGAAAACUUCUCAAAAGGGACGGUCCACUCUGGAGAUCUCUGCCAAUAAUAUGAAACUGCAUCCAGUCUUGCACAACUUAGAAGAAUUAUAUACUUUCAUCAAACAUAGAAGAUUGUUAACUGAACCAUCCGAUCAAGAUAAUGAAGGACAGGCUUACACUACUUAUCGAAGCUGUAUACCAGCAGUUAAUGAAGAGAAGUUGUCAGUACUUGGAUUUGAGGGAAUUAUUUUGUGCUUAUUAUUCAUCAGUGGUUCAGCUGUAUACUACAAAAGAAAGCGGGCUAAUGCCACGUCAGGAUUUGGGCCAGGAAGGAUUCAAACCUAUGCUAGGAUCUGACUUGAAAGCCCUUGCGAAGAUGAGAUUCCUAAAUGUGAAGCCUAGUUUCAAGUAUAUGUUUUUGUUCAGUUUUAGCACAGAAUUGGAAGUCAUGUAAAAGGAUUCUUUUAUUUUAAUGUUACUAUAAAUUUUCUUUGCA